AUGGAAGUUCAUCAUUCUUCCUCUGGCAUCCUUCUAUCCCAAUCCAAGUAUAUCCAUGAUUUGUUGUCUAAAAAUGGGUUUCAGAAUUGUAAGCCCGUCUCCACUCCUAUUAAUCCUAAGCUUAAACUCACUCUUUUUGAUGGUGAGUUAUUGUUUGAUCCUACGGAAUAUAGCCGUCUCAAAAACUCUCCUCUUACUCUCACUGGAUACUCUGAUGUUGAUUUGGCUAGUGGUCCGGAUACAUAUUAUUCAGUCAUGGGAUAUUGUUAUUUCAUUGGCUCUAAUUUAAUUACAUGGGCAGCCAAGAAACAACCCACAUUUUCUCGUUCUAAUUCUGAAGCUGAAUAUCGAGCUAUUUCUUCGAUUGCCGCUGAGAUUUUGUGGUUUCAGUCAUUAUUCAAAGAACUUGGUAUCUUACUUUCUAGUCCUGUUACAAU